AGGUGUGAGGUGUUUGCUCGUAGCCGUUACAAUUUCGAAGAUCUCCAAAAAGCCCUUCCUCAAUCCUAUCCAUUGCAACAGUCGCCAAAAAUUACCUUAGGGCAUUUCGGUCAUUCCACAGCACUCCGCCUUCCUCUGUAGAAUUCCUCAUUCGGUGCAAAGAUAUCAGAGACCUCUCUCUCUUCACUCUCCACACUCGUCCAGUCUCUCUCUCUCUACUCCAACGAUUACUUGUGAUUUUCUCUCUCCCUCCGCAUCGAGGAUCGCGGUGAGCAUGGCUUCCUCCUCGUCGGAGCACGCCGCCAAGCCCGAGGAGACCGGCGGCGGAGAAAGCUCGGAAGCGCGCCCGCCGCCUGAUCAGCUUCUGCUCUACAGAGGUCUGAAGAAAGCAAAGAAGGAGAGAGGUUGCACGGCGAAAGAGCGAAUCAGCAGAAUGCCUCCUUGCACGGCCGGCAAACGCAGCUCCAUUUAUCGAGGGGUCACCAGGCAUCGUUGGACUGGUCGUUAUGAAGCACAUCUAUGGGAUAAAAGUACCUGGAAUCAGAACCAAAAUAAGAAAGGAAAACAAGUUUACUUGGGUGCAUAUGAUGAUGAGGAAGCUGCAGCAAGAGCUUAUGAUUUAGCUGCUCUGAAAUACUGGGGCCCUGGAACGCUUAUUAAUUUCCCGGUCACAGAUUAUGCAAGGGACCUUGAGGAAAUGCAAAACGUCUCUAGAGAGGAUUAUCUAGCAUCACUUAGGAGGAAGAGUAGUGGUUUCUCCAGGGGUAUCUCCAAAUAUCGUCCGCUUUCCAGUAGUCGCUGGGAUUCACAAUUUGGCCGUACUCCUGGAACCGACUACAACAACAAUGCACUUUAUGGUGAUGAAGCGGCCACAGGAAGUGAAAAUGCAGGUGUUUAUAAUGUUGAGAGGAAGAUUGAUUUGUCAAAUUACAUCAAGUGGUGGGGUACAAGUAAAUCUAGUCUGACCGAUUUCCAGUCAAAGGCAGUAGUAGAUGAGACAAAUCCUGGGGGUUCCGAUGAUGUUGCUAGUGAACUGAAAGCCCUGGAACGGUCAAUCCAGCCCACAGAACCCUAUGAAAUGCCACGACUUGGUGUCUCUCCGGAAAGAUUGAACCAUAAAAAGAUAUCUGCAAUGAGUACCUUGUUGAAGUCGGCAGCGUACAAAAGCCUUCAGGAGAGAAUCACAAAAAAGCAAGGGAAGGAUGAGAAUGAUGAGAAUGAAAACAAAAGCAAUAUUGAUAAAAUUGAACUCGGGAAGACUGUUGAGAAAUCAUGCCAUGAUGGUGCAAGUGAGAGACGUGAUGUUGCAUAUGGGAUAAACGGAGGAUUACCUAUUCACAGAUAUCAACUGGCCCCUCUUCUAUCUGCUCCCCUUCUUACCAACUAUAACAGUAUCGACCCAUUAACUGACCCCCUUCUUUGGAGCUCUCUCGUCCCAGUUCUUCCUACGGGUUCAUCACGUAUGAAUGAGGUAACAAAAAACGAAUCUAGCUCGGGUUAUACCUUCUUCCAGCAAGGAGAGUAACAACAAUUCUCGUGUCAUCCAAACUCAAGGUAGAAUCCGAUCCCUCUAAGGUCUGGUGGCAAAUGAAGCGACGUUUUUGGACCUGUACGCAUCUGGAGUCGUACGUGCAUGUGGCAUACAAGCCCCUUCUCGCGUUACCUGUUGAGAAUCAGAAAUUUAGAUCAGUAUAUGAUGGAGUUGUGCAUAUUUUGGAGGUGUAAAUUACUUGGUUUUAUCCUUACACGUUUCGCCUAUUUGAGGACAUACAGUGUAAAUAGGCGAUUUUUCUUGGCAUGUAUACAAACGUAGGCAGAGAGUUAUGCAGGCCUGCUCAAUUUUCCUUUUAUUAGAGUGCAAUUUUGCACAUUUCUUGGUUCUUCCCGACUUGUUGUGUAAACGUCGUAGCGAUCUACUGCGUACAUCGAUAUAUUGUGUUCAUUACUUGGUUGUAUAGUUACUUUUUUUGAAUGGUAGAGAAUCAUUCAAUGUACCAUCUCACAUUAAUCAUUAAUGGGCGCCGUCCCAUUGUUUCUUCUAA